AUGACUGGUCCAAUCCCACCUGAGCUUGGUGAUCUUCCUAAUCUUGUGAUUUUAAAUCUGUACAAUAACAGCUUGACUGGCCCCAUCCCAUCUACAAUCUUCAAUAUCUCAACAUUAGAAUUCCUUGCACCAUACAUGAACCAGCUCUCGGGCCAUCUUCCAUCUGAUAUAGGCCUCUGGCUUCCAAAUCUUAGGAAACUUUACCUAUGGGAUAAUCAACUCCAAGGCAUAAUCCCCAACUCUAUCUCCAAUGCUUCUAACCUUGACCUCCUGGCGUUAUCCCUAAACUCAUUCUCUGGCCCUAUUCCCACUACACUUGGUAAUUUGAGAAAUCUAGAACGGAUCGACCUAGCCUCUAACCAGUUGACAAGAGAAUCUUUCACUACAGAACUAAGCUUUCUCUCACCCUUGUCAAAUUGUAAGCAUUUGAGAAGAAUAGUUAUAUCUGAUAAUCCAUUGAAUGGCACCCUUCCAGCUUCCAUUGGAAACCUCACCAGUUUCGCAAUCUUUAAAGCAGAUAAUUGUCAGAUUAAGGGAAGCAUUUCCCAAGAAGUCAGCAAGUUAAGCAACUUGACAACCUUUAGCCUUGGAAACAAUGAAUUGAUUGGAUCAAUUCCAUCUGCAGUUGGAAAAAUGAGAAUGCUCCAAGUUCUAAAUCUUGAAGGCAAUAGAUUGCAAGGCUUCAUUCCAGAAGAAAUUUGUCAGUUACGGAACGUAGGUGACCUAUAUUUGAGUGAUAACAAGCUUUAUGGAUCAAUACCAUCCUGCUUAGGUGAUAUUAUUUCACUAAAAGUCUUGCACCAAAGUUCCAACAAUUUUACUUCUAGGAUACCCUCAACCUUAUGGAGCCUCAGAGAUAUUUUGGAUGUGAAUUUGUCAAUGAAUUCACUCAGUGGGAGCCUGUCAGCGGAUAUUGAAAAUUUAAAGGCUCUGACUCAAAUAGAUAUUUCAAAGAACGAAUUAUCAAGUGAAAUCCCUAGCAGCAUCGGAGGCUUGCAAAACUUGAUGGAAUUCUCCAUUGCACAUAACAAAAUACAGGGCUCUAUUCCGGAAUCACUUGGAAACUUGUUUAGCUGGGAAUUCUUAGAUUUAUCCGGUAAUAGUCUCAUUGGAGCAAUUUCAAAGUCUCUUGAGAAACUCUUGUACCUUAAAUACAUAAAUGUGCCUUUCAAUAGAUUGUAAGGAGAAAUUCCUACAGGAGGAUCGUUUGCAAACUUCUCAGCUGAAUCAUUUAUGGGGAACAGUGCCCUUUGUGGUGCUACCCAGUUGCAAGUACCCCCAUGCAAAGCUAGUACGCAUCUAGGAUCCAAGAGCAAGAAAGUCAGCUUUAAGAUGAUAUAUAUAUUAUCAGCAGUUGCAACAACAG